CACCCUUUCAGCCUUCUCUCGCUGCUGUCGUGGUUUGUAGACUGGGAUGAGCUGAACCAUGUUAUGAUCCGAAUCCCCGAGAUUGGGUAGUGCCUUGGAAGAAUGCACACCUGGGAUGUUACCAUAACAGAGGUCCAGACAGGCUUCAUUUCGGAUAGACUGCACAUGUUAAAGUCUCCCAUGAUCAGCUUAACCACUUCGGGUGACUGUCUCAGCCUGGGAUACAAGGACAUGGAUCAAGUCGGCAGCUAUUCAGUGACAAGAACCUGGGGGAAGAAAAUGGUGGCGGUCUGAAAAAAAAGAAUAAGCAGAAGAAGAGCAAGGAGGAUGCAUGGAGACUUGAUGGACCCAAAGACCCGUUUGCUAUGGUGCACCUGGAUGCUCUCCCGGAGGAAAAGCAGCAGGAAAUCCAGAGGGCCCUGCACCUCUUCUCCCUGGGCAAGGGCCUCCCGAGGACCCUGGAGGAGGCCAGCAGACGCCCCUACCCCUUCUGGGACACCCAGCCUGUCCCCAAACUAGGUGAUGACAAUGCCACGACCCAUGGUCCUAUUGAGGUGGAUAAGGCCAGUGUUCGUGAGGAGCCUUACAGUCUACCACAGGGGUUUAGCUGGGCCCCCCUGGAUCUGGGGGACCCUGCUAUGCUGAGGGAGCUGUGUGCUCUACUGAAUGAGAACUACAUGGAGGAGGAUGACAACACCUCCAGGUUUGACUUCUCCCCUGAAUAUCUGCUGUGGCCCAGGACAAGCUUACUUAGGGGACUCUUCUCCAAGUUCAUCUCUCUGGCCCUGUGCCCCCCUGGUUGGCUGCCCCAGUGGCAUUUUGGGGUGAGGGUGAACACCAAUCAGAAGCUAGUGGGCUUCAUCGCUGCUGUGCCCAUUAACAUCCGCAUAUAUGACACGGAGAAGAGGAUGGUGCAGGUCCACUUCUUGUGCGUCCACAAGAAGCUGCGCUCCAAACGAAUGACCCCGGUGCUCAUCAGAGAGGUCACCAGACGGGUCAACCUGCAGAGAGUCUACCAGGCCGUCUACACUGCCAGCGGGGUACUGCCCAAACCUGUGGCUACCUGCAGGUACUGGCAUCGCUCUCUGAACACACGCAAGCUGAUCGAGGUGAAUUUCCCCAUAUCCAGCCUGAGGGGCAACAUGACCGUCCAACGAGCGCUCAAGCUCAACCGCCUGCUUGAGGCUCCCAAAACAGCAGGUUUGCGGCCCAUGACGAGGGGUGAUGUGAAAGGGGUACACAUGCUCCUUCAGGGGUACCUCAAGAAGUACCACCUGACCCCAGUCCUGUCUCAGGAGGAAGUGGAGCACUGGUUGUUACCACGGGAGAAUGUGAUUGACACCUACGUGGUGGAGAGCUCUGGUGGUGUGCUGACAGACUUUGUGAGUUUCUACACCAUGGCGUCCAGGGUGCUGAACCAUCCGGUACACAAGGGAAUGAAGGCAGCCCAUUCCCUCUACUGUGUCUCCUCCUCCACUCCACUGCCUGACCUCAUGGAGGAUACUCUGUUCCUGGCCAAAGCUAAAGGCUUUGACGUCUUCACUGUUCUGGACGUGAUGGAGAACACUUCUUUCCUGGAGAAGCUCAAGUUUGGCAUCGGGGACAAAAGCCUACACUACUACCUGUACAACUGGAGAUGUCCCACUAUAGGCCUGAAAAUGGUUGGCUUGGUGUUGCUGUGAUGUCCAUGACCACUGAUAGGUGAAGACGGUGGACAAAUCCAUGCUUUCCCAAACCCUGGACCAAUCAACCAGCAAAAACAUCUGAGUCGUCUAUUUAAAUUUGAACUUUGACCUGCACUACUAUUUGUUCUGAGGCCUUAACUGAUGGCUAGGGCACAGAGAAGAGGGCCAUGAUACUAACCAACCCAGAUGAAUACAGCAGGCACUGACAAACAAUGUUAUCUCUAACACACACAAUAAACACAAAAGAUGGAAGUGACACAAAAAUGAAUAAAGUUUCCUUGAGAGAAAUGUA